UGUCAGAGGCGGUCAUAGGAUGUCUGAUUUCGAAGAGCAUCAGUCGCGUGGUAUUGUUACUUUGAAACGUCGAAUCUGUAGUGCGUUCAGGACUUCCGGUUUCAAUCGACCCAACACUAGCACUGUAAUUUUUUCCUAAAAUGACUCGAGGAACACCUCAUUUAUAAAUUAAAGCAACCAGCCUUUAGUCGUAAUAAAUAAUAAUGCUAAAAAUGGUAGAUUAGAUAUACAGAAGUUUAGUAACUCUGUAUGGAGUGAGAAACGGCUUGUCGGAUUUUCGUGUUCAUCUAUGCGUCCAGCCUAAGCGAUGGAAACUCUAAUUCCCGUCAUCAACCGCCUCCAGGAAGUGUUCCUGACAGUGGGAGCAGAGAUCAUACAGCUGCCUCAAAUAGUAGUGGUUGGGUCGCAGAGCAGCGGUAAGAGUUCUGUGUUGGAGAGCCUGGUUGGAAGGGAUUUUCUGCCUCGAGGAUCAGGAAUAGUCACCCGGAGACCCCUAGUGUUACAGCUGGUUAAUGUGCCCCCACUGUCUGAGAGGACUCAACAAGAAACUGGAAAUGGGGUAAAACAAAAAGCAAACACCUACCCAGGGAUCAAAGCUGAAGAAUGGGGCACAUUUCUUCACAGCAAGAACCAGAUUUUUACAGAUUUUCAGGAGAUUUGCAAGGAGAUCGAAGAGGAGACUGAACGUUCCUCUGGAGGCAACAAGGGAAUCAGUCCUGAACCCAUCUAUUUGAAGAUUUUCUCUCCUCAUGUCCUCAACCUCACCCUAGUUGACUUGCCAGGAAUAACCAAGGUUCCAGUUGGAGACCAACCAGAGGACAUAGAAGCUCAAGUCCAACAGAUGAUCCUAUCUUUUAUCUCCAACCCCAAUUCCCUCAUCCUCUCAGUGUCACCUGCCAACUCAGACUUGGCCACAUCUGAUGCCCUCAAACUGGCUCGUGAAGUCGACCCAGAUGGCCGCAGAACCCUGCUGGUGGUCAGUAAGCUGGACCUGAUGGACGCAGGAACAGAUGCCCUUGAGGUCUUGCUGGGUCGGGUGAUUCCAGUGCGGCUCGGAAUUGUGGGAGUGGUCAACAGGAGCCAGCAUGACAUCAACACCCAGAAGAGCAUCGAGGACACGGCACGGGACGAGCAGGCCUUCCUCCAGCGCCACUAUCCUUCACUGGCCUCCCGCUGUGGCUCCCGCUACCUGGCUCGCACCUUGAGCCGUCUACUCAUGCACCACAUCCGGGACUGCCUGCCAGAGCUGAAGUCCCGUGUGACGGUGCUGAGUGCCCAGUACCAGGCACGGCUCAGUAGCUAUGGCCAGCCUGUAGAAGACCACAGCGCCACCCUGCUGCAGAUUGUCACCAAGUUUGCCAGCGACUACUGCAACACCAUUGAGGGCACCGCCACACACAUCCAGACUUCUGAGCUCUGCGGGGGGGCUCGGAUCUGCUAUAUAUUCCAUGAGACCUUUGGCCGCACACUGCAGUCUAUCGAUCCCCUCGGGGGCUUGACCGAGCUCGACAUUCUCACUGCAAUCCGCAAUGCUACUGGUCCACGUCCAGCCCUUUUUGUGCCUGAGAUCUCAUUUGAGUUGCUAGUGAAGAGGCAGAUCAAGCGUCUGGAAGAACCCAGCCUGCGCUGUGUGGAGCUGGUCCAUGAGGAGCUACAGAGGAUCAUUCAGCACUGCUCUUCCUACAGCACACAGGAGCUCCUUCGGUUUCCCAAGCUGCAUGACUCUAUUGUCGAGGUAGUGACUAGUUUACUGCGGAAGCGUUUGCCUAUCACAAAUGAAAUGGUGCACAACUUGGUUCAAAUUGAGCUUGCUUACAUCAACACAAAGCACCCAGACUUCACUGAUGCGGCUCAGGUAUCAGCAUCUGUCAACAGUCAACAGCAAGAUGGAGUUAAACUCUGGAAGAACGAGAAAGUGGCGGAGGAGAAGGCGCCAGUGUCAGAUUUCAGUAGCCCUGUAAAGAGUCAAGCCAUCAACCUCCUAGACACAGCGACGCCGGUGUCCCGCAAGCUGAGUGCACGGGAGCAGAGAGACUGCGAGGUUAUCCAACGCCUUAUUAAAUGCUACUUCCUUAUUGUUCGGAAGAGCAUUCAGGACAGUGUGCCCAAGACGGUAAUGCACUUCCUGGUGAACUUUGUAAAGGAGCGUCUGCAGAGUGAGCUGGUAGGCCAGCUUUACAAACAGAACCUGUUGCAAGGUUUGCUCAUUGAGUCCCAGGACAUAGCACAACAGAGGACAGAGGUGGCCCAGAUGCUCGAGGCUCUCCAAAAAGCAAGCAACAUCAUCUCCGAGAUCAGGGAGACGCACCUGUGGUAGCCUAAUGCAACUGACUGUUCCCGACUGAUAUUAUGUAUACAAAAUAAUACAGAAUGUCAGUACUGAAUUGUAUGGCAAUACCACUGAGCUCACACUGACCUUAGCACAUCCAUCCAUCUUCUUUGUCUGUCCACUUGCCUCUUUGACUUUAGGAUUUGGACUAUUGCAUCUCAGUGUGAAUAUAGUGAUUGAGACUAACACUCUCCGGCAGGGCUGGUUCAUGAUUAUGUUGGCCAUAAUGUGAAAAACACCCAAAAGCAAAAUGCAACAAUUGUCAGUCUACACAUGUUAGGUUGUCUGGUUGUGGUUGUUAGUGUUUUUAUAAUGUGAAGUGUUAAGUUGUUUUAUUGGAUCUUUAUUGCGUCUGAUAGCACAGGUUGUGCUUGUACUGCUGAAUUUAUUCCAUUGAUUAGGUAUUCAUUCACAGCAGAGUGAAUUGAAACCUUGAUCCCAUGGUAACCAUGUUGCGGUUUCUGAAUAUGUGUGUACAGUAAAUAUUAUCAGUCAUUGUCAAUCUGUUGAGCUAUUUUAUCCUCGUUUUAGGUGACAUUCAGUACAGUGAAGAUAAAUUGGGGGGGAAGCCCAACUCGCGUUAACAGUGGUAUAUGAAUAUGAUCAUCAGGGAGACUGCAGAGAUUUGGUUUGUCUUGGUAUACAGUGUUUGAGUACAGUAGUUGUAGGCCAGAGUGGGCUUAUGUUAUUUAUGUGUCAUGUUUAAAUAUCAUUCCAUGUGUAUAAUUGCACUGUUCAAAUACAUACAGUAUGGAUUCCGUAACAAGGUGAAGUAAUACAUAACGUGAAUGCAGCAUUCCUUUUUCAUAUGAGGUUUCUAGUCAGGCUCUUUUGCAUGUUGUUGAACAACUGAGUAGCAGAUACAAUGGCUACAUUCAAAUCUUUCUUAAUUUACAUCAAAACCUUUUCAGAGUUGAUCUGGUUGGUCAAAAGGUGACCAACCAAAACGUGUAAAGGAAAAGAAAUCUAAAUUUGUCUGCCUGAAAAUGACUUGAAGUGUGUGUGUGAGUGUGUCUGUGUGUGUGUUUUUAUGUACACAUAUAUAGAGAGAUGGAUUAUAGCUAGCUUGUUAGGGGAUCAGAAUCUGACUUUCAUUGCCAAGUUAAGUUUCACAACAAACAAGGUAUGUGUUCUGGCCCAAUAGUGCAAAACAUAUAUACAAAAGAAAUUAACAGUACAUAUAAGGGCAGCGAACCCCGGUCUCCUGAGCAACAGGCGGGAAUAAUCCCAGUAAGAUAAUAUAUAGGUUUAAUAUAGUCUUACACUAAUUUGGUAUAGAAACCCAAAUUAAAAUAUAAAUUAUUUUACUGCAGUGGUUUAGGCCGAUUAAUGGUGGUGUUUGUUAUUCCUUUCACUCAAAACAUAUGUCGCAAGUAUAGGUGGCAAUAAUAAUGUGUACUUUUACAUUUUCACAGUUGCUUUAAAUGUCCAAAAUCAUAGUUUAGGAUAGCAUUCCAAAUUACUGUCUAAAAAUCACUGUUGAGGGCAAAUACAUGUGAUUUAACAGUUCAGACACAUGCUACUCUGUGAGCAAUUAGAUUCCAUGUAUCUUCUGCGUGUUCAGAUUGCGGAGAAAUACAAUCGGAUUCAAACUGAAUACGGGAAUAUAUAGGAUUUGAGUCACUUUAUACUGGCCUUGCAAACAAGGUUUUUAAGAGAACAGGCAGUUUCAGAAGAGGUACUCAAAGCCUAGUCUUUCGCAGAUGCAAUUACAGAGGAUGGUGUAUGCAUCUGUGAUUGUAUUCGAUGUAGAUCCCCAAAUAGAGUAUUCUAUUUUAACUGCAGCUCUUUGCUUAUUAUUCAUUGCUAAUAUCAUUGCGUGACAUAAUUGUCUUAACCACCUUUCAUCCAUUUAGAGAUUCAAAAAUGUCUCACAUUAUUUAUCUCUUAAGCAUAAAUCUGUUCCUUAAGCCAAAAGUCAAAGUUCCCAAAAGAUAAUGUUUAUUCCGAAAUCCUUGCCUUAAAGGGACAGCCAUCAAGCACCACCUAGCAAAAAACGUGACAGCGAAGUCUUUAGUCCGUCUGUCUGAAUGGUACUCUGUGUGUGCAUAUGUUCUGAUGUCUAAAUGUCUUUGUCUAAAUGAGUUUGAGUUUUAUUGUUUAACUUUGUUAAAUCUUUACAAACUGCCUGAAAGUGCUUGCCUGCCAAUAUUUGUGAUAUAUGUAAGUUGAUGGAAUGAUGCCUGUUUAGAUGGGAGGGAUUAAUUAAACCAUAACAACAACA